CUUCUAGACGAAUCAAAAGCUCCGUAGACAGUAGCUAGGCGUACCAGUUUUUCGCCAAUGAAAUCGAAGUUGAUGUUUAAACUCUGCGCGCGGGUGGUGCUUAGUAAAUUUGAGGAGGUCCUCAAAAGUUGAGGUGCAUGCAUGGAUUUGAAUUUAACAACUUCGUAACAUCCCAACAAGUUAGACAGCUCAUCCAGGCUGUUUAAGUAGCUAGACAAAUUUAAUAUUGUUUAUAACAUUCGUUAUAUUUACUUAGGUUCACAUAUCGCACACCUUUGUGAUUGCAAAACGUUAAAUAGCAAGGUAGCUUGCAAUAACUGAGUUGAUCCCUCCACUGGAAAUGAAAGCGGGCGUGAUACACUGCCGUUGUUCCAAAUGCUUCACCGUUCCAGCACGGAAGCGGGUCCGUAAGCGUGUUCAAGCCCUGACUCUCCUGUCUCUACCUGAAGAGGUGCUUCUGUGUGUGUUCCAAUGCCUCUCUCCUGAGGACCUUCUGGCUGUCAGAGCCGUGCACUCUCAGCUCCGUGACAUCAUCGAUAACCACUCCAGCGUUUGGGCCCAUGUCAGUUUCAAGGACACAUGGCCAGCCCCUAACACAGUCUGGCUCUUUGAGAGGGCUGCAGAAAAAGGCAACUUUGAAGCAGCUGUGAAACUAGGGAUUGCGUAUUUGUACAACGAAGGACCGCUGCUGAGUGACGAGGGGCGGGCCGACGUGUGUGGCCGGAAGGCGUCCCGGUUCUUCAGCCUGGCGGAGAGCCUGCGUUCCUCCUCUGCCGACCCCUUCAUUUGGGUGUUCAUCCGUCCUCCCUGGUCCCCCACCGGCAGCUGCUGUAAGGCCGUGGUGUUUGACCGUCUCAAGGCAGAGUGUGACACCAAUGUGGGUAGAAGAGGCCCGUUGCUGCAUUGUCUGGCCAGAGUUCUCCAGCUUUUUGACGAGGAUGACAAGCGCUCUGAGGCCCUGAUGCUACUAGAGCAGUCGUCUCAAUCAGGCUGUCUACAGAGCUCCUACCUGCUGUGGGAAACCAAUCGGAAAACGGCGACAGCGGACCCUGGCAGGUACCUCCAAUGUGUACGCACGCUCAGGGACUACGCAGCCAAAGGAUGCUGGGAUGCACAGUUGUCUCUGGCUAAGCUGUGCAGCAGUGGUAAUCCCCUGGGCUUGGAGCAGAGGGCCUGUGCUGACCUGGUGGCUCAGCUGUUUCGCUCCUGUCCCCCAGUCCCCCGCCGUAGGGCAGAGGAGGUGCUCCGACAGGGCAUUAACGACACCAUGAGAUACAUCCUGGUGGACUGGCUGGUGGAGGUGACCACCAUGAAGGACUUCUCCAGCCUCACCCUCCACGUGACCGUGGGCUGCGUGGACCGCUACCUCGCACUGCGCUCCGUCCCCAAGGCCCACCUACAGCUGCUGGGCAUCGCCUGCAUGGUCGUCUGCACACGGUACAUCAGCAAGGACAUCCUGACCAUCCGGGAGGCGGUGUGGCUCACCGACAACACCUACAAGUAUGAGGACCUGGUCCGCAUGAUGGGGGAGGUCGUCUCUGUGCUGGGGGGCAAGAUCAGGAGCCCGACACUGUUGGACUACGGCGAGGUGCUGCUGUCCCUGUUGCCCCUGGAGCGGCGCAGCGCCCACUUCUUCAGCUACGUGUGCGAACUCUCCCUGCUCUACUCGUCCCUCACCUCCUACUCCCCCGCCCACCUCGCCAGCGCCGUCCUGCUGCUCACCCGGGCCCUGCACCACUACGCUCCCAUCUGGCCUGGCCAGCUGGCUGAUCAUACAGGCUUCUUCAAGCAGGACCUGGUCCCCUGUGCCGUGCUGCUCUAUGUCAAGUGUUUCAGUAAAGAUGUGCCCAAGGACUACAGACACGUGUCUCUGACCGGCGUCAAGCAGAGGUUCGAGGACGAAGCCUACCAACACGUCAGUAAAGAACAGGUCAUUGACUUCAAGGAGCUCUGUCAGAUCCUGGAGGUGUCAGAUUUGGAGCCCCACAUGGUGCUGCCCAGCCUCACGGGCCACCCGGCUGACAUCCACACCUUCCUCUCCUCUCCCUCCAGCAACAGCAAGAGGAGACGUGAGGAGUCCUUGCCGGUGCACAGGGGCAGCUUCGUGGCCACGCCUACGGCCGAGCUGUCCACUCAGGAGGAGACCCUGGUGGGAGACAUGCUCGACUGGAGCCUGGACAGCUCAUGCUCUGGCUAUGAGGGUGACCAGGAGAGCGAAGGAGAGAAAGAGGCCAAGGAUGGAGAGACCUCCAGUCUGGUCAUAAAAUUGGAACUAGCCUCAGAACAUGAAGAUUUGAAACUGCACUGCCGGGCCCUGUCCAGUGACGAUGACAGCUUCUGCGAAGGGGACAAAGAGCGAGAGGAGUAUGAGGAGGAAGGGCAGGGGAGUGCCAGGAGCCGCCCGCGAGAGCCCCUCGACCUCCACAGCUCUGGCUACUCCUCAGUCCAGAGCGCCAGCCCUUCCUCCAACUGCUCUUCCUUGCUGAUGCCCUGUACCUUCACUGCAGCGCCCCCUGCUCUCAUUGCAGGCUGCACCACAGCGCCCCUCCCCGGGUUCCGCCUCCUGGUGCCAGUGCAGAGACCCCGUGCUGCGGCGGCUCGCAGGCAGGUGAAGAGGAAGAACGCUGCAGCCCACAGCAGCGGGGAGACUGAGAGGGGCGAUGAAGAGGUGGUGUACGCCUCCGGUGUAGGUUUCCAAAGCCUGUAAGCACUGACUUGACUGACAGUAAUUGGAUCCAGAAGUAUUUUCAACCACCUUUUCUUCAAUUUCAUCUGUGCCUUCAUAUACUCUUUUGUAUGAAGGCAGAUAUGGUGGUGGGGGGGAGGGGGGGGCGGCUUCCUGGACUGGUCCAAUACACCCUUUAUUAGUUCUGAAAUGUUUUUAAUACCUUCUUGCUCUGAUGACCACAACCCAGGUCCGAAUGACUGUAGUCGCUGACGCUACUCUUCCUAUCGAAGGUCUGUAUUUCACACUGGUUUCUGAAAUGCUUGAAUAUCAAAAACCUAUCGCUUUAAAAACGAAAGGGAGAGGAACAUGGAAAAAAGCUGACAGUCACAGCAGAAUACUCCUUUUUAGACACAUAGGCAGAAGACUUGGGAGAAGUGUUGUGGUUUCCUGUCCUCCUCCUGUGUCACUGACUCCCCAUAUUCUCCUAUGUAGUGCGCUUCCUUUGACCAGAGUGGCGCACUCCCAUUUCAGACCCUUCACUCCACCUCAGGACUUUCAGGUUACAUUGCAAUCAAGUGUCAAUGACUGUUUUCUGGUUUCGACGAUUGACUCUUGCCACAACAACCUAGCUCAGAUUGCCAAGGUUUUCAUCUACCUUCUUGAAAAAAAGAGAUGUAAAAGACACUUCAUGGACCAUUUCAAAAUGUAUAUUUUUAUGAAGUUUCACACACCGGUAGAACCACAAACUGCAUUUUGUGACUUUGCUAUUAUUGAUGAUGAAUCAAUACAGGUUUGUUUUGCUCUCUGCAACUCUCCUAAUGUACGGAAUUCCAUGCCUUACCUCCAUUUAUACCAGUGAAGAGACUCCGAUAUGCACUGCAUGUACAGAAUGGUCAGGAAUUGGUUGCUCUGCACUGGAAUCCAGACUGAAUAGAGAAGUAUUCAUUUUGAAUUCCAGGCUCAAUCUCUUCUACUGAUGGCUGUGAUUUUAAAGUCUGAAGCUUUAUUUUGAUUGUCAGAAUAUUCUCAUAUCCAUUUGUGCCGUUCAUGUGCCAAAGGUACUUUAAUACUUCAAUGGGGCAACUAUCUUUGGGUAAAAUUAACUUUUACCUCCGAAGACAGAUAUGAUAUGUUUUUUCAGUUGUAUGUUAAUACAUUUUUAACUACAGUUUUGUAUCUGCCGAUGGUUUCUAUGUAUGUGCUGUUUACCUUGUUACUGUUUAGCGUUGGAGCACAGGAGAAGAAAUACUGGACACUAAACAUCUGUCUAAUUGAAACCACUGAAGUUGGUGCCAUGGUAAUAUAUGUAACAUGAUAGCUGAAGUUCAGUUUUGUCUAGAAGAGUCAACAAUUUCCCUACCCUUUCUCCAGUUGGUUCAUCUUAAAGGUCUAGUACUUGUUUUUUUGGGGGGGUUUUUUCACCUGAAGCAUUGCAGUUCUACUGAAUUAUUUGUUACAGCAACAAUUGCUACGCUUGAACAAUCAAAUACCAAUGUCACUAAGUUUUAUUUUGUUGGCUUAUACAGAGUACAUGCAUUGGAUGGAGCUCCUUGGCCUGGAGGAAGCCGUGGCUGCGUAUCCAAAUUCUCUAUGCUCUUUCAGUCUUAGGGUGUCUGGAGUCGUAGAUUCAGUCACUUCUGUGCAUGUCUGUCUGGCUUUUUACAUUGACACCUGUUGUUCUCCUUUGCUUACCUUUCUCCCAUUUGUUGCUGAAUCCCCCCUUCCCGGUCCUCUCAUGUGAUUUUGAAUGAGACCCUGUAGCCUCGAUCUCUGCCACAUUUCUGAACAGUGCUCCUAAAAAGGGUUUUAUUUACAUUUUAUUAAAAAAAAAUUAGGGUCUGGGCUACGACAUUGUCUUAACUUACAGACAUGGCCAUAUUUAAAGCUCAGAAAAAAUGGAUCUGCAGCAUGUAUUCUAUGUGGAGAAAUGGAAGUAUAUACACUAUAUGGGAAAUAGUUACUUGAUGUGUUGUACAGUACUGUAUGACCAGAGCCAUCCAUAUGCAUUCAUAGGACUGUUUCUAGAUCUGGAUAAGGAGCCCUUUGUCUGCUUCUGACAUGGUGCCUUACUCCUUAUGAUGAUAAAUUACUUUUGACCACUUCCCGGAAAGUGAUUGUUCAGAGAAGUAGUGACAUUUAUAUGGGAUGCAGGUCUACAAAUGAUUGUGACUGACUGUAAAUAUUUUUUAUUCUAAUGAAGCAGACUCUGUAUAUCCCUUGUCUGUUGUAUGUACAUAUGUAAAUGUACAUGGGAAAAGUACUGUGACUGUGCCUGUUACUUGAAACUGGAUGUUUUGGCUUCAAUCCAAAAUUAAACAAGUGAACUGCC